GCCUUAAAAUUACAACUACAAAUGAGGCAUGCCGAGGAGAAAGAAAAGUUCAUGUUCCACAAGAUGCUCCUGAACAAUGAGCUUCCUUUAAGUAUCGGAGGAGGUGUCGGACAGUCUCGACUUUGUAUGUUCUACCUUGAGAAAGCUCACAUUGGAGAAAUACAAGCAUCGGUGUGGCCACAAGAAACAAGGGACAAGCUUGAAAAGAAAAAUGUUACACUCCUCUAA